AUGGACGCAACAAAAUCCACAGUAGAAGAGCUUGAGCAAGUCACAUUAUUCGAGAAAUUCUUAAAAAGGAAAUUCCACUUGGGGACAGGACUACAUCCCAAACUAAGCCCGGGAUUACUACCUCUGGCAACUAAAGAAGCAGUAAUGGUGUCAAAAUCGACAUCAGGAGUUUGGACCCUAUUUACGGAUGGAGCUUCCAAUGUAAAAGGGUCCGAUCUCGGCGUAGUAUUAAACAUGUCUUUGAGAGAAACCCUACGGCAUGCCAUAAGAAUAGUUCCUCUGACUAACAAUGAAGGGGAGUAUGAAACAUUGAUUGUAGGACUCGAAUUGACCCGGGGACUAGAUUCCGAGGUCAUAGAAAUCAAAUGCAAUUACCAGCUGGUUGUAAAUCAGGUAUAUGGGAUCUUCGAAGCCAAAGAGAAACCCAUGAAGCAAUACGCAGUGAAAUUUCAAGCUCGGCUUUCUCGAUUCCCGGAGUGGUCAAUUACGCGUAUCCCAAGAAGAAAAUGCAGAAGAAGACGCAUUAGCUAA